AAGCCCCCUUAAGCCACCGACUUCCUCUUCCUUUGAAAACUGAAAAAAGGGGCUUGAAAUUCUCCUUCUUUCUUGUUCAAUAACAAGAUUUAGAACUUGGAACACUCCCCUAAACCCAGAAAUUCCAUAUCUGCGCUGUCUUCUUCCCCUCUGUCCGCCGGCCGCUGCUGUGUGGGGGUUGAGUUCGGUUUUCUGCUCCCGUGACAUCCCUUCCCCUCUCCCGAUCUCUGCCAAGCUCGCCAGAUCCGGCUUCUAUUGCUGGAAAUGUUCUGGUAAGUUAACAGCCCUCUAAGCUUGAAAUUUCAUCAAUUUGUUGCUGCCCUGUGUUGUCCGAAAACCCUCUGUUGUGCUGUCUGAAUUUCUGCAGAAAUAUGGAAGAAUUCGGUAGCAUAAAAUGGGUUUUGGGUUGCUAAUUCGUGUAGAAUUCUGUGUAGUUGUCCCGGGAAUCAUUUUUGUUGUUUGAAGUUGUUUUUAUGUUGUAAGGACAGGUCUGAGGUUACAAGGUUCCAAGUCUCGGAUUAAUACAGUAAUUCUUUUAUGACCGAAGUGAAGGAUAAAUCCAAAACUUCCGCUCAAAUAGUUGCAUGACAGUGACAAUGAGUAUGUCCACACCUGAUCCCUUAUGAUAAGCUGUACAGCAAUUAAGGUGGACAUCUUGUACCUGAAUACUUCUUAAAUUUCCAGUCUCGAAAUAAUUGCCUGGAUAGACACGUCAGUCUCCGAUUAUCUUAUUUGGCAUGCCAUGUGGGUUCCUCAUUGGAUCCCAUAAAUACUCUCGGGCCACGUUAAAAGGUCAUCUCGAAGUGCAGACGCGGACUGAAGAAGGACUUCUGGUUUGGUGCAAUUACAUUGGCGCCGUCUGUGAGAAACGAACUGAAAGCUUUCUAGUUGCUCUUUCAUCAUGGUUCACACUCGAUCAGUCCGAGCUGGUAAUUCAUCUCUGCCUCAAGGGCAAGGUUAACCACACAAUAACCUUCCACCCUUGAUCCCAUCUCAACUCCCACCUCAACUCAUACCUCAGCUUCCACCUCAGGUCCCCAUUAUGUUCCCUCCUGUUGAACAUGCAGAAGGAGAAGAUGAAAAUCAACCUCAUACCUCAGCCCACAAUUCAACUUUCACUGCCAACCAAGACGUAGUGACAGCUUAGCUUGCUGCCAUGCAACAACAGUUCGGUGUUUUUCAGUUGGUACUGGCUCAGCUUUUAGCUAGAAACAAUCCUGGUGAUCCCCUUAUUAAUUUACUAAACCCUGCUCAACAACCCCCAGCUCCACAACAGAAUCCCCAACUGGUUCAGCAUGCUCCCGCUAUUAGUGAAUCUCAGGGUCAAUCCCACAUAGCACCUACUCAGCAACCCCUCCAUGACGAUGUCACUCGACGUCUCGAUAGCUUAGAAAAGCUAGUAGCUGAACACCGAGGUGCUCCACCCCCACACCAUGCUGUUGACUCCAUACCUCACCCCCUGAACACCAAUAUUACACUAGAACCCUAUCCUGUUGGCUUCAAAAUACCACAACUGGAGACUUACGAUGGGACAAAGGAUCCUGAUGAUCAUCUGCAUGCUUUCUACUCUUGCAUGCAAGCUCAGAACGCCUCUGACGCGUUGAUGUGCAAAAUCUUCCCCUCUACUCUCCGAGGUAAUGCCCGAACUUGGUAUUACAGUUUACCUCCGAGAUCAAUUAGCUCUUAUACAGAAAUGGCAUCUGCCUUUGCCACUAAGUUCAACGAUGUAGUAUUGGAGGUUAGUUCCUUUGAUCAAGCUGUAGGAAUUGCAGCUGUGAUCUCCGGUCUUAAACAUGACAGGUUUUUGAAAUUUAUAACCGUUGAGGAGUAUGCCCUGGCACAGAAUUCGACUCCUUCUAAGAACUUGAACCCAAAAUGGAGAGAUGAUAAUUUAAGCCGGAAAAGGAUGAGGAUGGCGCAGAAUCGAGGUCCGAUGCCGACUUCUACACCGAGAUUCGGAAGGCCGAACUCAACACCCCCGCCACAAUCUGCAGAUAAACCUCUAGUUAAUUGGAUUCCCUUUAAUCUGCCAAGGUCACAAAUUUUUAUGCAGAUUAAGAAUAAAAUGGAUUUAAGGCAUCCUGGCCCAAUGAAAACUGCUGCUGCUAGCCGAGACCAUACCAGAUAUUGUGAUUUUCACCAGGAUCACAGCCAUACUACAGAGCAGUGUAACAACUUAAAGUCCAAGCUGGAAAGCCUAGCACAGAAGGGAAUGCUGAAUGAAUAUGUUCAGAGAGUUGCACAGCCACGAUUUGUCAGAGAACAAGGGCCACAGCCUCAAGGAACUUGUAACCCACCAAACAGACAAGGUGGACUGAGCUCUAAACAGCGAAAGCUGUAUGUCAGAGAGGUUAAGCAUCAGAACCAAGCUCAGAAACGGAAGUUUAACGAUGCUGAGUGGAAGAAUCAACCCAUUACUUUCACAUCUGCUGAUCUUGAUACAGUUGUUACACCCCACAAUGAUCCCCUGGUCACUUCUGUCAUGAUUAACAACUGUGAAGUACAGCGUGUCCUUGUCGACACUGGGAGUGCACCAGAUAUCAUGUAUUUCCACUGUUUCGAGAGUCUCGGGCUGGAUCCGGCAUUGUUGCAGAAAUAUGAUGGUCCCAUCUAUGGUUUUAACAACCAACCUGUUCCCGUAGAAGGAGUUCUUACCAUCCAUGUGGCUUUUGGUAGUGGCCGGACCUACGUAACCCCUUUAGUCCGGUUUCUCGUUGUCAAGAUGGCACCUUUUUCAACAUUGUUAUUGGCCGACCCACAUUGACAAAAAUCCGAGCUGUGGUUUCCCAAUCUCACCUCUGCAUGAAGUUCCCAACUCUUACGGGAAUAGCAACACUGCGAGGAAAUCAGGAGGUGGCCAGACAUUGUUAUAUCACCUUGGUAACACAACCAACGAAGGGCAAAGAUCAGACACCCGAGACCAUUCCCCAGCGAAUUCCUGAUAAUCAGCAAGUUAUGGGUGUAGAGAUUGUGGAUAAUCGAUCGGAGGAUGAACCAGGGCUGCUCCGAUCGAAGAUGUUGAAGAAGUGCUCAUUGAUAACAGAGAUCCGAGCCGAAAAACGCAGAUCGGAACUAGAUUGAACCCGGAGGAAAGAGCAGAGCAGAGCUAAUAGCUUUUCUCCGAGCUAACAAUGAUGUAUUUGCAUGGACUUCGAUAAAUAUGCCAGGAAUUC